UCGGGAGCCCGGCGCAGCCCCCCGAGCUGCGGGAUGGUGGCGGCGGGGGGGGACGCGGCGGCGGCGGCGGCGCUGGCGAUGGCUCAGAGCGCCGUGUAACGGGAGAGGGCCCUGAGCCACGCGGGGCGAAGGCAGCGCCGAUCGCGGGUGUUCCCCCGCGGGAGCCCCUCUGCGACCCCCCCCCGCCCCCGCCCCAAAUCGCCGCCGAGCGCGCCGAGGAACGAUGAAAAAAAAUAAUUCUGCGAAAAGGGGGCACCAGGAUGGAAACCAGCAACCUGUGCAGCCGGAGAAGGUCGGGUGGGUGCGGAAAUUUUGCGGGAAAGGCAUUUUUAGGGAAAUCUGGAAAAACCGUUAUGUGGUUCUGAAGGGAGAUCAGCUUUACAUCUCGGAGAAGGAGGUAAAAGAUGAAAAAAACAUACAGGAAAUGUUUGACCUGAGUGACUAUGAGAAAUGUGAAGAGCUCAGGAAGUCCAAAAGUAGAAGCAAAAAGAACCACAGCAAAUUCACCCUCGCCCACUCCAGGCAGCCUGGAAACACGGCACCAAAUCUGAUCUUCCUGGCUGUGAGUCCAGAAGAGAAGGAGUCGUGGAUCAACGCCCUCAACUCUGCGAUCACACGUGCUAAAAACCGGAUCUUGGAUGAGGUCACCGUGGAAGAGGACAGCUUCCUCGCCCACCCGACGCGUGACAGAGCCAAGAUCCAGCACUCCCGGCGCCCUCCCACGCGGGGUCACCUCAUGGCUGUGGCAUCUACCUCAACCUCCGACGGCAUGCUGACCCUCGACCUGAUCCAGGAGGAAGACGCCUCUCCGGAGGACCACGGCACCUGCGAGGAGAGUUUCCGGGUGGAUCUGGACAAGUCUGUGGCACACCUCGCUGCUGGGCGGCGCCGCUCGGACUCGGAGAACGCCAAGGCGCCGGAGAAGGGGCGGACGGGGAGCCUCCCGCGGCAGGAGGUGACCCCGUGGGACAGGGCUGGCCAGGGCAGUGACUCCUUUGACAAAGGGACCAUGUACACACCGCAGGUCCCCAAAAAGCUCUCGCACUCAGAAAAGAAUAAAUGUGCCUCCAUGGAAGAAAUCCUGUCCCGACGGGACUCUUCCGCGCACCGGGCAGUGCUGAGGAAGGGGCUGGAGGCUCAGUUCGCCUCAGCAGAGCCGGAGCAGCUGUCCCGGAUACAGGAACUGGUUGCACUGAAACUGGAAAAAACUCAGGAACUGCUGACAGAGGUGAAGGGCUAUGGGGAAGGCAAGAGAAAGACCAAGGACUCCAACACCAGCACCACCAUUACCACCACCUCUUCCUCCUCAUCAUCUUCCAAGUCGGACUCUGAAAGGAUCCUGCAGGAAUCUGAACGGCUGCUGGGGGAGGCUUCCUCCACCUGGAGCCAAGCCAAGAGGGUGCUGCAGGAGAUCAAAGAGCUGAGGGACCUGUACAAACAGUUUGAGCUGCAGCAGUCAGACUCGAAGCCCAAACAGAGCUCACAGUCGCAGUUUAGGAAGAGCAUGAUGUGAAGUGUUCAAAAGAGUGAAAAGGUGCCUGUUCUCACCCAAAUUUGCUUCUCAAAGCUUGGACCCUUCCUUUCCUCCAUCACAUCCCCUGAUGAAUCAACCCAGUGUUCCAAUAAAUCAGUUGCAGUUUAUA